AUGAAUAAGGUAUAAUUUCUUUAUUUAUUAAAGGCACUUAAAGGCGCUAGAUCACCAGAAUUAUUACUUACAAAACAGGGAACAGAAUUCUAAUUGAUUUCUAAACCGAUAUAAAGUGGCAGCAGUUAAUGAAGAAUUAGAAUAACAUGCUAAAAGAGUUUGAGUAAUGAAACAGAAAAUAAUAGAUGAAUGAAAAAAAAGUAAUUAUUUCAUCAAUAACAGAUUAUCAAAUUUGGUUACUUUAAUAAUUUACAGAUAAUCAAAAAGCUAUAGAAUAAAAUGAAAAGAUUCUGUAUUAAAAAGAUCUUACAAAAAAUAAUUGUUGAGAACUGAAAUUAAAACAAUAGCCUAAAGAUUAAAAUGAGUAUUUGUAUCCCUAUUGAAGUAAAUUAUAAGUUUAAUUUAAAUAAAUUAUUCUUAACUAAUAGAUUUUUUCAUAGUAAAAUGAUUUUAUAUAUUUUGGUUAAAUUGAUACAAUAUAUGAUGGAAAGCUAAAGCAUAUUAUUAAUUAUCACAUUAAUAUCAUUUAUUUUAAAUUGAAUACAAAUGUAAAAACUGCUUACAAAUAUAUUUUGGAAAAGAAAGAUGGAUUAUCAGGAUAAGCUUUUUGGAAUAAGGUGAAUUACAAAUCAAAUUUAUUGAUGGCAUUCAAAUCUAAAAGUGGAAAUUUUUUCAGUGGGUUUACCUUUUUUAAUGGCAAUCAAAUUUGA